AUGAUACCUUCCUCCGUUCGACCAUCCCUCCCCACCGAACAACACCACCGUGAACCAUCCGAGAAACCCUCAUCCUGCCCUCUUCUCUUAUCAGUACCUCAAAGAAUAUCAGACAUUUGCAAUACUGCUCGCUACUGGACAAAAAGUUUUGCCAAGACAUCAUCUCAUAAGAAUCGCUUAAGCAUAAUUGCUAUCAAAUUUCUACAAUUAAAUCAUUCAUCAUUUAUAUUCAUAUUUCUACUCGAUACCAUUGUAUUCUGUUUGGAUAAACACGACGAAACUGGUGCAAACUGGAACAACAAAACAAGAGUUGACACCAUUGUAUUGAUCAGCUCGAUACCAGCUGGACAUGAUUCUAAUGUUCAUCAAACAUAUCAAAUUUUACUGUUGUUGUUGAACAUAUUCGCCGGUUCUGAUGCCCCUGCAUUCAAACGUAUUAUCACAUGCAUUCAAACCUAUCAAAUUUUGUUGUUGAUAUCGAACUCUAACAUGAGAGAAAAGAUAGCAUGUUACAUUCUAUUCUAG